AUGACAGAUACCGACAAGCCGUCCACUUCCACAAGCAACUCAAACCCUGUGAGCUCGGCCCUCCCGCAUCCACUCCUUGACCCGUCUAAGGUUGGGCCUCUGACUUCUUUAACUGUGCUUCCGGGAUCCUCUUCCCCACCGUCGGUUCAAAUUGUGAAGGGGCAGAACGGAACAACGAUGCAGAUUGUGACAGUGGCUCUGCCGGCAAAUAUUCCUUCGCCAGGGUGA